ACCACUCCCAUUGAACACAGAUCACUUCAGAUAAGUCCCUAUUGGUCUUUGAACUUCAGCUGUUGAGACAUCGCUCUCUGGUGAACAUAGUUCUGACAGACGAUUGCAACUCAGCGUUCGACACCAUAGUGCUGACCCUGGGACUAAACACCUCCAUCUGCAACUGGAUCCUGGACUUCCUGACGGGCCGCACCCAGGUGGUAAGGGUUUGUUGCUGAAGUGUGGAAAAGGGUGAUAGUAAUCACUGAAGCUAAAUAAUGACCGUCCACGAGCCAAAAGACACAAACAAUGGCGUGUGGCUGAUCUUUUUCAUGCUGGGCUUAGGAACGCUCCUGCCAUGGAACUUCUUUAUGACAGCCACCAUGUAUUUUAGCAGCCGUCUCAGAGACCCCUCCCAAAUGGGCACCAACCUGUCAGGCAAUGGGACCGGGGCAGAAGGGAACAACCGUAGCCUUUUGGAGGCCAAGUUCAAUAACGUAAUGACACUUUGUGCCAUGGUGCCUUUACUGGCCUUCACCUGUCUCAACUCAGUCCUGCAUCAAAGGAUUCCUCAGAAGUUUCGGAUCAUGGGCAGCCUGGCAGUGAUUUUGGUGGUGUUUCUACUGACAGCCAUUUUGGUUAAAAUAGAGAUGGCACCCCUCCCCUUUUUCACGUUGACCAUGAUCAAGAUUGUCAUCAUAAACUCCUUUGGAGCUAUCCUGCAGGGCAGUCUGUUUGGCAUGGCAGGCCAGCUGCCUACCAAAUACACCACACCCAUCAUGAGUGGGCAAGGCCUGGCGGGAACUUUCGCUGCCUUCUCCAUGAUCUGUGCUAUCUCAAGUGGCUCGGAGAUAAAUGACGCUGCUUUUGGAUACUUCAUCACAGCCUGUGUAGUGAUCUUAUUGGCCAUAAUAUCCUAUGUGGUCCUCCCUAAACUGGAGUUCUACCAAUAUUACAAGACCCAAAGUGGAAACAGAAUUAUUGAGGAGGAGAACAAGCUGGAUCUACUCAAGAAAGAAAAUGCAUCAGAGACUAAACCCGUUUUCAAAAAAGGAGAAGAGGAGCAAAACGUGUCCAUGUUGACCAUCUUCAAGAAGAUCUGGGUCCUGGCUCUCUCUGUGUGUUUUGCCUUCACCAUCACCAUCGGCACCUUCCCGGCAGUCACUGUGGAUGUGAAGUCUACCAUCGCUGAUGGAGGCACCUGGGAGCUGUACUUCAUCCCCGUGUGUUGUUUCCUGCUCUUCAACCUCAGCGACUGGGUUGGGAGAAGCCUUACUGCUGUGUGUAUGUGGCCUGGGAAGGACAGCAAACUGGUGCCCAUUCUUCUGGUGGCCCGUGUGAUCUUCGUGCCGCUCUUCAUGCUGUGCAAUGUUCAGCCCCGCUACAAACUGCCUAUCUUCUUUGAACACGACGCCUGGUUCAUCGUCUUCAUGAUAGUCUUUGCCUUUUCCAAUGGAUACCUGGCCAGCCUUUGCAUGUGCUUUGGGCCCAAAAAAGUUGCUGCUCAUGAAGCGGAGACAGCUGGAGCCAUUAUGGCCUUCUUCUUGUCCCUGGGUUUGGCUCUGGGAGCGUCCCUCUCAUUCCUCUUCAGAGGCCUGGUCUAAAAUGGCACCCUGUAGAGAACAUGACCCCAAAUUGACCUAUAAAACUUGCAUGGUAACAAA